AAACGGAGAGAAGGACAGAGACCCAAACGUCACCGCUGUCAGCACUGUGACAAAUCCUUCUCAACAUCUGGAUAUUUAAAGAUUCAUCAGAGAGCUCACACUGGAGAGAAGCCGUUCAGCUGUGAUCAAUGUGGGGCAGCUUUCACACAAAAGGGUAACCUAACAAACCAUCAACGCAUUCAUACUGGAGAGAAGCCUCACAGCUGUGAUCUAUGUGGGAAAACAUUUGCUGAGAGCGGUCACCUUAAACGACACCGGCGCAUUCACACCGGAGAUAAACCAUACACGUGUGAUCUAUGUGGGAAAAAAUUUACUGAGAGUAACCACCUUAAAAGACACCAGCGCAUUCACACCGGAGACAAACCGCACAGCUGUGAUCUCUGUGAGAAAAUGUUCAAAACUCCAGAACAUGCUGAAAGCCACCGGCGCGUUCACACCGGGGAGAAGCCGUACUGGUGUGAGCAAUGUGGGAAAACCUUUUCUCACAACAGUCACCUUACGACACACCGGCGCAUUCACACUGGAGAAAAGCCGUUCAGCUGUGAUCAAUGUGGGGCAGCUUUCACUCAGAGUAGUGACCUUAAAAAACACCGGCGCGUUCACACCGGAGAGAAGCCGCACUGGUGUGAGCAAUGUGGGAAGUGUUUUGCUCAGAGUAGUUCUCUCUACUCUCACCAGCGCCUCCACACGGCCCCGUAG